UCAUCUUAAAAUUCUCCACACCAGAAUUUUUUUUCAUACAAGACCAACAAGAUUAUAUUUCUUAUCUCCAGUCAAAAUGGAGCGAGCUGUCAUCGUGAUGUGCCUACUUGUCGCUUGCUCGGCUGCUCCUAUUCAGGAGAUUCAAACUAAUGAGCAGAUCGCGGCACAUGCCAAUGAAGCCCUGAGGUUGAUGGAGAUGUACAGGCUCUACCAGCAGCAGGGGCUGGUGGCAAACCCGUUUCUUCCUGCAGCUGAAACUCCUGGAGUAGGUGUUGCUGCUGAAGCUUCUCCUGCUGAGCCAGCUGAGGCAGCACCCGAGCAGGUGGAUGCUGCCCCAGCUCAGGCAGCCACCGCCGCUGCUCGCCCCCCCCCUCCUGCUGCUGCUGCUGAGCCGGUGGGAGACGCAUCAGAGGAGGAGGAGGAUGCCAAACCUGCCUCAAAAGCUGCUGCUCCUGUUCCCCCUCUAAACUCCGAAGAGGCAGAAGAGGCAGAGGAAACGGAAGAGGCAGAGGAGGCGACUGUGGUUGAGCCAGAAGUAGCUCCUGCUGAUGCGCCAGCAGCGGUUGAUGCCCCUGCAGAGAUUGUAGCAGUGGAUGUGGCUGCUUCUGCAGAUGUGCCAGCUGUGGAUGCUGCCCCACAAGCCCCGGAAGCUGCUGAAGCGGCAGUUGGAGAAGUUGCCACAGAAGAUGCUGGUGCUGCUGCGGCGGCUGACACUGCUGUAGUGUAAUUAUACCCUGCAUAUUUCCAGCAACUAAAUAU